UUUGGACAUAAUUAAAAAAAAUAAAUCACAGUAAACGUGUAGUAAUGCAGAGACUUGUAUACAGUUAAGCGAAGCCGAGGGGAGUGGAUUUUAGAACAGGUUUUGCUGUUUAAACAUUAUUCUCAUGCUAUUAGCAACGAGCUAAGCUAAUAGGGGAAAUUGAGUGCUCGAGGUAUCAUCAUGUCAAAGCAGCCGUUGGGAAAAACGCUGCUGAGGAAUGUAAUCCGACACACGGAUGCCCACAACAAGAUCCAGGAGGAAAUUGAAAUGUGGAAAAUGCGAGACUGGGAGAUCCAGACAUCCCAACGAAAAGAUUUUUCAGAUGCAGAGUUUGUGAGAGGACAUAUGCACUGCGACCGAGUGUCAGAUCAACGUAAAGACUUUAGCCGAAGCAGAGAGCGUGCCUCAGAACAUGAUGACAGAGAGGCUCGAUACUGGACUCGAAAACUGUAUGAAUUUGAGUCCAAUGAUCCUGACAGAUGGGGACAUAGUGGGUUCAAGGAGCUGUAUCCCGAGGAGUUUGAAAGUGAUGGUGAAGAAAACGGUGCCAAAAAGAAGACGAGCCAUCACAAAAUGAAAAAGUCCAAGUCUGACACAGAGGCAUGCUUAUCAAAACGGUCCAAAAAAUCCUCACGGAAGAAGAAGAAAAAAAAGAAGAAAGGUGAGGACGGAAAGCGUAAGAAAGUGGACAGCUCGAGCAGUGACUACAGCAGCGAUGACAGCGGUGCUACAAAAGACAAGCAGAAGAGAAAAAGGACUAAAAGUCGACAUAAAAACAAGAAAGCUUCAAAAGCCAGAGGAAAAGACGUGGACAUGAGCACAGAGGACAGUAAUGAUGAGAUAAAAAGGGAGAGGCUGUCACACAGUCGCAAAAAGCGAAAGCACGAUUCGCACAAAGACUCCGACUCAGGGCCAAACUCAAAAAAGAAGAAGAGGAAAAACUGGAAAGCAGCGGGUGAGGAGAGCUCGGACAGCUCUGCCGACUGAGGCGCGCUGCUAAAAACUGAUGCACAGUUCAGGUAACGAACACUGAAACUGCUGCAGAUUCCUUUGUUGUCCCUAACUGCGCUGAGGGCUUUUCACUGCAGGCAUCUUCUAAAUUGCACUUUGUUUAACAUCAACAAACCUGUGCUUACGGGUCUCUCCGUGGGCGUCCUGCGUGGCAGAAUCUCAUCACCUCUGCAGAGACUCGAAGCACACUGUACAGCAGUACAGACAGCAGGGAGCAUGAAGAAGGAUGAUAGGGUAGCAACCAUCUGUCUCAAUAGGUAUCCUGUGAGCUGCAGGCACAUUGAUUGAUCGACUUACCUCAGACUGUCUGCCUCACAUAGUGACCUUCUGUCCUCAGACGACCAGUGUUUUUAUUUUAUUUAUAAGGAAAUGCGAUUUGAAUAAUUAAUUCUGAUGGACUAUGUAUUUUAUUUUUUUCAUGUUUUGCAAUUUUUACUCUUUUUAUAAAGCAUAUUGUCAUAAAAUAAACAUCUAUUUUGCAUUUUUUAAAAUUAUAUUUAGUGUGUAAAAUGGUGUAUUAUCUGUUUUUAAAAGAACAAGAAAUGAUCAACCCAGGUUUCUCUAAAACCUUUAAUCCAUUUAAACUAACAAGUACUGCCUAUCCACUUAAAAGCUGACAUGGUUCUGACAGUACAACGCCUAAAGGUUUAUAGAUCUGGGCAGAAAAGCGUGAGGGUAUUUGUCUUCCUGUCUAACUUUUCUGGAAAUGUUCACAUUCUUUUCUUAUUAGUUACAGCAAAAACUGUAUCUGUGUGAAUGACAUUGUGGGGGGGUCAUAAAUAUGCCAUCCGGAGAGCAGUUCUAACUCAGGGUUUUAAUAACGUACACAUUGAUAGUCUUGCAUCCACGAGGGUUUAAAUGAGUUGUAACAGAUAAAUUAUUUAUAAUGCUGUG